AUGAGAAACCAUACAGUAACAACAUUCAUUCUCCUGGGACUAACAGAAGAUCCACAAAUUCAAAGCCUGCUUUUUAUUUUUCUGCUUCUUACCUACUUGUUGAAUAUAACUGGUAACUUGACAAUUAUCUUACUUACAUUAAUAGAUCCUCACCUUAAAACCCCAAUGUACUUUUUCUUGCAAAACUUUUCCUUCUUAGAAAUCUUGUUCACAUCAGCUUGUAUUCCUAGAUACUUGUAUAACCUAGCAACAGGUGACAAGAGCAUUACCUAUGGUGCCUGUGCCAGUCAAGCAUUUUUCACCGACCUUUUUGGAGUAACUGAAUUUUUUCUCCUGGCCACCAUGUCCUAUGACCGCUAUGUGGCCAUCUGCAGACCGCUGCAUUACACCACCAUCAUGAGCACGGCCUGCAGAAGACUCCUUCUUUGCUGUUGGGUGGCUGGAGUGAUCAUCAUACUGCCACCCUUUAGCCUGAGCCAAAAUCUGCAAUUCUGUGAUUCUAACGUCAUUGAUAGCUUUCUUUGUGAUGUGUCUCCCUUCCUGAAGAUUUCCUGCUCAGACACAUGGGUCAUUGAGCAGAUGGUUAUAGGCUGUGCCGUGCUGACCUUCAUCACAACCCUUUUUUGUGUGGUUCUUUCCUAUGUGUACAUAAUCAAGACCAUUCUAAGAUUCCCUUCUGCCCAGCAGAGGAAAAAGGCCUUUUCUACCUGCUCUUCCCAUAUGAUUGUGGUUUCCAUCACCUAUGGCAGCUGCAUCUUCAUCUACGUCAAACCUUCAGCAAAGGACUCAGUGGCUAUCAACAAGGGGGUAAUAGUACUAACUACCUCCAUUGCUCCCAUGUUGAACCCGUUCAUUUACACCUUGAGGAACAAGCAAGUCAAACAGGCCUUCAAUGAUUCAAUCAAAAAAAUUGCCUUAGAAUGCCGAAAUGGAAGAUUCAAGAUUUCAUAA